AUGCGGCUCGUCCUCCUGCAAGCUGAAAAGAAGGCCAUUAAGAUGCUGGUCGCCCAGGAUCCUGGGCUGCGGAGCGGCGGCCGCGGCUCGGCGGGAGCGAGGGCGGGAGCGGCCGAGACCGUGGCUGGAGGCAAAGCUGGAAAGGACAGUGGGAAGGCCAAAGCUAAGGCAGCGUCUCGCUCACAGAGAGCUGGGCUACAGUUUCCUGUGGGCCGCAUCCACAGACAUUUGAAGACUCGUACCACGAGCCACGGAAGGGUCGGUGCCACUGCUGCAGUGUAUAGCGCUGGCCUUCUGGAGUACCUCACUGCUGAGGCGCUGGAGCCGGCAGGUAAUGCUUCCAAGGAUCUUAAAGCAAAGCGGAUCACUCCGCGUCACUUGCAGCUUGCGAUCCGUGGUGAUCAAGAGCUGGAUUCUCUUAUCAAGGCUACCAUAGCUGGGGGUGGUGCGAUCCCUCACAUCCACAAGUCUCUAAUUGGAAAGAAGGGACAGCAGAAAACUGCUUAGAGAGGUGUUUUAACCAACCCUCUUCCUCCCGGUCAUUGUACUGUAACUGAGACAAGAAACAAUGGGGAUAUGUGGAAUUUUUAAAACAGUUAAAUGGAAAAGCAUAGACAAUUACUGUAGACAUCAUAAAAGAAACAUUUGUACGUUCUUAGACUCGAAGUUUGAUAAAAGUACCUUUUCGUGAGGCAACAGUUGUGUGUUGAUUGGCUAGAUUUCUCCCAUGUGUUUUAUACA